UGCACGCGUACAAAGGCAGCGACGACGCGCCGCAUACCGAGCGUAAGAUCCGCGCUGUCGGUGUAUGUGAGCGCACGGAAUCACGGCAGGUUGCGAUUGCGGCUCGUCACACGGCGGAUUUGCCGACAGGGACGCCUAACGUUUUUGUUUUUUUUGUUUUUUCGAGACCUCGUGAUCUAGUGAUUUUUGUGUAAUGUGUCAUUCCUUCGUGUUUACACGAUCAACCUGCGCACUCGCUUCAUUACCAUUUUUUUGGUCUGGAGGAAACCAUAUGCUGUGUUUAUCAUAAGCAGAGAAGCUGAGCACGAGAUUUCAGCAUAAGGGCUCAAAAAAAUCAUGUGAUAGUUAACCAGGAACAAGAGAAUGGGGCUGCGGUUGGUGGAUAAGGGGCACAACAGCAAGCGGAUGGUUGUAUUUGUGGCGAUCUUUCUUAUCACGACACUCUUCAUUCUCUACAACUCCAACAGUGCAAAUGAUUCAUAUGAAGCUUUUAAAAUGGUAGGCUAUAAAAGUGCCACCAAAAACACGGACCUGAAGAAAUGGGCCGGAAAAGAUGGUUAUAUUCCUGUUUUUGGCAACAAGAGCCUGACCUUACACUGCAGUCAGUGCGCCCUGGUGACAAGCUCAAGCCAUGUACUGGGCACAGGUGCUGGAGCAGAGAUUGACCAUGCUGAGUGCGUGAUCCGCAUGAACGAUGCACCCACAGCUGGUUUUGAGGCUGAUGUGGGUAACAAAACCAGCCUUCGUGUUGUUGCUCACUCCAGUGUUAUUCGUCUCGUCCGAAAACCGCAAGAGUUCCUCAACUGCUCUGACUGCCCAUCUGUCAUCUUCUGGGGUCCGCCCACGAAGAUAGGACGCGAUGCUAAGGGUACUCUCUACAGGCUGAUCCAUCGUGCUGCUAUGACAUACACCAACCUCACAACCUUUGCUGUCACACCGAGCAAAAUGCGCAAGUUUGACACACUCUUUUAUAAAGAGACUGGUCGAGACAGACAAAAGUCGCAGUCAUGGCUAAGCACUGGCUGGUUCACCAUGGUCAUUGCUAUUGAGAUUUGUGACAAUAUUAAGGUUUAUGGGAUGGUGCCUCCAAACUACUGUGGGAGGCAUCCUCAGCCCAAGCGAAUGCCAUAUCACUACUAUAAACCAAGAGGGCCAGACGAGUGUGUGACCUACCUGACGAACGAGAGGGGCCGUCGUGGAAAUCACCAUCGCUUCAUCACUGAAAAACAAGUGUUUUCUCGCUGGGCCAAACUCUACAACAUCAGCUUUGUACACCCCACCUGGUGAGAAAUGAAAAGCAAAAAGGCUUAUUCCUGGAGAUAGAUGGCCACCAACCCGAGUCUCAGCCUAAUGAGAUUCUGACCUAAAAUGGCUACCAGACACAAUUUUUCUUCCAGUGGGAAACUUUCAGCCUUAUCCUCAUGCACAGCUCAACAAGUAUAUGGUCCAAAACGACCCACGGCUGCAGUCUCCACCUAAGGAAAAGUGUUAGUUUCACUAUGAGCAAAAUGAUCCAAAAUGGUGUCCAGCCUCUAAGUGAGCCUCAUGCAAAACUGGUUUACCAUGACGGUCAGCCCAGGUUGGGUGGCUAAGUCAUAUGGUUGCAUAUUUUACCCAAAAAUGGUUGCUGGUUUAACAUGUAUUACCUGCUGGAACACUAAAGCAAAUGGAUUCACACUGUCAGGUGAAACUUUGAUCAGACCUUUCAUUCUGGCCUUCUUAUAUCAGUAGUGAAAUCUCUUUAUGAUGCAGUUUGUUCAGUUUUAAACCUGGCAUGUAUACCAAUCAUUUUAUUGGAACAGAUUUUACAUUACAAUUGUACACAUUUACGAUAUCGCAAUAAUCAGCAACUUGGUGCUGAGUACUUUAUUUUCGAAACAGUUGCAUUAAAAAAGCAUUUGAAAAUAUUGAUAUACAUUUAUAUUCUCAAAAUGCCAUCAAGAACAGAAAAAACCCUUAGAAAAUCUGAAUAGCCAGGAGAGUUUUGAUGGUAUUUUGGUUUGGCAACCACUUUUGGGUUUCUAAGAAGCCGUUAUAAAGAAAAUGAAAUAGAGAGAGAGGUACAAACUUAGAAUUUUGUUUUAUUGCCAAAAGAUAUACACUACUAUUAGCAAUUAACUACUGUUAUGUCACAUUUUAUAAAUUCUAUUUAUGUUAUUUAUUAUUGUUGUUGUUUUACAGUUUUUUAGAUUCAUAAUUCUUUUUUAUAAUUCGGUAGUUCAUGAUGGACUGUAAUCACUGCCCAACUAUUGUGCCAGCAACACAUGCAAAGACAAAAACACCAGUGUUCUAAAACAAUGAAUCUCUUUUCAUUUUAUAAACUAAUGCUCUGUAACUAGAAUAAUGCUAAUCACGAGAUUCUACACAGAUGAUUCAUCGAGCUGACAACGAUCAAAUUCUGUUAAAAGUCUGUUGUUUACUUAUUACAUAUUCUUAAAUGCGUUUUUAGAAGAAAAAAAAAGAACGAACAGACAAACAAAUGCAAAAGGUACAGAUAAGGAAGAAAAUUUUAAAUCCUAGCACAAUCAAACCAGACUAUUUCCAGGGUGGAAAAUCCUUGAGCUAUUUUAUUCUUACACGCAAAACUAUAAAUGUCAUUGCACUAUUACUUGUAUUAGGAUUAUAGCUAAAUGAGUUUGUUUGCAUGGCACUACAGGAAAAAAUGCUAUUGUCUAACUAUGGCAGUGAUCUGACCAAAUGGGAUGUUCCCUGUCCUGCUUAAGGCCCAUGACCUUUAAUCUAGUAUUGGUUAUGUUUGUAGGUCUACCUGAAAUCCUGGGUUACACUUCUGCAUUGAUAUGUGUUGUGGAAAUUAUAAAAAAGUAUAAUUUUAUUGGAGAGGAGAAAUAAAAGUUACGACGAAACAAAA